CUCUCCUUCCAAAAACCCUAAUAUCUGAAGUCCGUCUCCCAACAUAACAGCAUCUCUCUUCAUCCCUAACGACGUCCGUUAGCAGACGGCAGCCCGUCCGCGCCUCGAAUUCUCAAACGACGACUGAGAAGAAGCCAGUCUCGGACGACAGGAUGCUGGUGUUUGUUCCACCACAUCCGUUGAUCAAGCACUGGGUUUCUGUUCUGAGGAAUGAGCAGACUCCAUGUCCAAUAUUCAAGAAUGCAAUGGCAGAGCUCGGAAGGCUACUUAUAUAUGAAGCUUCAAGGGAUUGGCUGCCUACUGUCUUCGGGGAGAUUCAGUCGCCCAUGGGUGUUGCUUCUGUUGAAUUUAUUGAUCCAAGGGAGCCCGUGACGAUUGUCCCCAUCCUGAGAGCUGGUCUUGCUUUGGUAGAGCAUGCACCAUCAAUCUUGCCAGCUACUAAAACUUAUCAUCUCGGGAUAAGCAGAAAUGAGGAGACGCUUCAACCAUUUAUAUAUUUGAACAAGUUACCUGAUAAUCUUCCUGAGGGAUCUCGUGUAUUUGUUGUUGAUCCUAUGCUGGCAACAGGUGGCACGAUAGUUGCAGCAAUUGACUUAUUGAAGGAACGUGGAGUUGACAACAAACAAAUAAAAGUGAUAUCAGCGGUGGCUGCACCGCCGGCGCUUCAGAAGCUAAGUGAAAGAUUCCCAGGGUUGCAUGUAUACACGGGAACAAUCGAUCCAACCGUCAAUGAGAAGGGGUUUAUAGUCCCUGGGUUGGGAGAUGCAGGAGAUCGGAGCUUUGGCACAUGAAAGUACUACGCAUUGAAAUUACUGAAAUUUCAGUUUUCCUCUUUUCUUUUUCAUCAAUCUUCUCUGAGCAAACGAGCAUAUGCAACUCACUUGACCACGUAUGGUUGAUUUUUUUAAAAUUUUUUUUUCCUUCUGGCGGCUUGAGUGUUUUGAUUCUUUCAUCAAUUCACUCCUUGAUUUGGAAAGGCAGAAAAUGGGGGGAAAAAACAGAGAGCGUUUGGAUGCAAGGCUUACAUGGCUCGCUUUUGGGAAGCUAUGAGGUUUCCUUUCACUGGCUUUUCCUCCCCCAAAAACUAUGUCAAUACUGAAUUGUCUUGAAAGUUUCCACACUUGCGUUUGGGGGUGGUGAUAUAUCAAAUCUGCCUUGGUACUGAUUCUGAGCUAA